AUGGCUGACCUGGCAAAGGUGUUGGUCUUGGUGGAAGGACGAAAGUCACCUGCAGCUUGUUGCAAAGUGCCCUCAGCCCACGCAGAAGGUGCUCAUGGUGUUCCACUGAGAAAAAAGGAGCAUUCAAGGACAAGAUGCAACUUUGAUACAUUUUUAGCUUGCUUGCCUGCCUGGUAUCAAAACUGUGAGACGAGUGACCCCCGUGUUCCUACUCCUUGUUUGCGCUCGAGAACGAUACAGACUCAACCCUGGGAAGUUGACACUACAGGUUCCAUCUAUCAAAAAUACCUAGCAGAAGCAGGUUCUGGUCCACAACCACCUGCUUGGUGGAGUACAGCCCAGAGAACAAGCAAAAGGAGGGGGUGCUCCUGGCUCCACUUCUCCUGUAUCCACCCCAGGACUGCUGCUUCCUGGCAGCUUUGCUCUAGGUGGUUCUAUAGAAUGGCUGAAUCUGAGCUAGUCACUCUGGUCUCCACUGCAGUGCUUGGAGAUGAAAAGGACUCCAACUCCAGAUACUUCUCUUUGGCUUGGAGGAGGGGAAGGCUUAGAGGAGAAAGGCUUGCUGCUUUCCACCUGCCAAAUUCUGCCCACCUUCCUGCAGCCUGACUCACCCAUCCACUGAGAAGAG